AUGAAUAGGAGCACAGCAAAUAGUGGUGGAAAUGGUGCUUUUAUUUAUUUGCUGUGUUCUGCAGUUUUGACAGGGCAAGCAUUCAAGGGAACGUACGGAGUAAACUAUGGCAGGAUAGCAGAUAAUUUACCUUCACCAAGCAGCGUGGUGACACUUCUGAAAGCGGCCAAGAUAAAGAAUAUCAGAAUCUACGACGCUGACCAUGAUGUCCUCAAGGCCUUUAAGGGUUCUGGUAUUGAAAUAAUAGUUGGACUUGGCAAUGAGUAUUUGAAAGAUAUGAGCGUAGGGGAGGAUGGCGCAGUGAAUUGGAUAAAGGAAAAUGUGCAGCCAUUCCUCCCUGGAACAAAAAUUGUUGGAAUAGCAGUGGGAAAUGAAAUCUUGGGCGGCGAUGGCCAUGAAUUAUGGGAGGUUUUACUGCCGUCGGUUAAAAAUGUUUAUGGUGCACUUCGAAGGCUGGGUCUGACGAAGGCUGUUCAGGUUUCCAGCCCGCACUCAGAGGCUGUCUUUGCCAAUUCUUUCCCACCAUCUGCGUGCGUUUUCAAGGAAGACGUUCUUAUAUACAUGAAACCACUGUUGCAGUUCUUCUCACAGAUUGGUUCUCCUUUCUACAUAAAUGCCUACCCUUUUCUAGCCUACAAGAGCGAUCCUGAGCAUAUUGACAUUAACUAUGCUCUUUUCAAAUCAAAUCGGGGCAUUCUUGAUGAAAAGACUAAUCUGCAUUACGAUAACAUGUUUGACGCUCAGCUUGAUGCAGGUUAUGUUGCAUUAGAAAAGGCCGGGUUUCCGAAGAUGGAAAUCAUCGUUUCGGAAACAGGUUGGGCUUCUCGCGGGGAUGAAGAUGAAGCAGGUGCCACUUUAGAAAAUGCCAGGACUUACAAUCGUAAUCUGCGUAAACGGCUAGCCAAGAAGAAGGGAACCCCAUACAGACCAAAGGCUGUGCCAAGAGCUUAUAUUUUUGCGUUGUUCAACGAAAAUUUGAAGCCUGGGCCAACUUCUGAGAGGAACUUUGGAUUGUUUAAACCUGAUGGAAGCAUUGCAUAUGAUAUUGGAUUCACUGGGCUUAGAGAUUCCGCAGGAGUUUCAUCUCGUGUUCCUUUCAAGGUAUGGGAUGCCUCAUCACCUUUUGGCAUUUUAGGUUCUUGA